AUGGCUGCAGAGAAGAAAGUAGAGGUUGCAGAGAAGAAAGUAGCACUCAAGCCAAGGUAUAAAAUGACCAAGGGCAUUCAAGUCGAGACUGUGAUGAAUUGUGCAGACAAUAGCGGUGCAAAGAAGCUCAGAUGCAUAGGUGUCCGUGGAUACAAGGGAAGGCUCAACAGACUUCCUUCUGCAGCGCCUGGAGAUAUAUGCGUAGUGUCGGUCAAGAAGGGAAAGCCGGAGCUACGAAAGAAAGUGCACUAUGCAAUCCUGAUCAGGCAGAAGAAGACAUGGAGACGCCCAGACGGAUCUCACAUCGGAUUUGAGGACAACGCAGCAGUUCUGAUCAAUAACAAGGGUGAACUUAAGGGUGCACAGAUAGCAGGGCCUGUUCCAAGAGAAGUUGCUGAUAUGUGGCCAAAGAUUUCGUCUCAGGCAUCGUCGAUUAACUAA